AUGGUGGCUGUGUACGGGGCCGCCUUCUUUGGCUGGGCCCUGAUUUAUUACGUCACGUGGAGGUGGGACGGCACCUGCUUCGUUGGUUUCAGCAGUUUCCAGUCAGCUGUGCUGUUCUCCAUCGAGACGAUGUUCACGAUUGGGUACGGCACCCAUGCCAUCGGCGACUGCUGGCUGCCGGCCGCGCUGGUGGGGGCGCACUGCCUGCUGGGCCUCCUCAUGGAGAGCGUCUUCAUCGGCAUCGUGUUUGCCAAGAUCAGCCACCCAAAGGCAGGUGCAUGA